UGGCAGCUAGCAAGCGCGAGGACCGGCAGAGCGAGCAGGCAGUCAUGACAGCCGUGGGGGAGUUUGUGCUGGUGUUGGGGCUGCUGGUGACGGCCCACUGUGCGGUGAGAGCCCGAGACCCCGAGGUGGAGGACGAAGAGGACCUGGACAGAGGAAGCUGGCAGCCUGGGGUCGGGAGGCUCCAACCCGGGAGCCUCGAUAACCCCCCUCAGCUACAGAACAUCCCCGGGUACGGGCAUAGACCUGAUGCGAACGGGCCUUCCCGUGUGCAGCCCCAGGAUGGGCAUGAGGAUGGACACCCACUCCUGGGCAUAGAGGAAGAGGUGGCACCCAAGGCAGGAGAGGGAGGGAACUAUCCAGCCCGCACGGGGAACUGGUGCGCGUUCGUGAGCCGCCGGGUUGUCACCGUGCCGGUGGCAUGUGGUAAAGAGCAAUACACCAUCAAGUCUCAGAGCCGCUGUCCCACUGGCACGCCCGACUGUCAGCUGGUCAUGUACAAGCUCUCCACCAGGCCAGUGUACAGAGAGAAGCAGACGGUCAUCACAGCUCUGCUGUGGCGCUGCUGUCCUGGACAUGCAGGCCAAAAGUGUGAAGAAACAGUCGCUGAAGGCCAUGUCCCAGAUCCUGCUGACCCAACACUGACCGCAGUGUCUUUGCCAGGCAACACAGGAUAUUACGACACAGCUGCCCAGUCCAUAAUCCCCCACCUGGCUGGGGAGGUGGAGCGGGUACAGAACGACUUCCAGGCAUCUAGCAGUCAGCUGUAUGACGGCCAGCCGCUCCAGAGCCACGACAACGACACAGACCCAGCGUCCGCAGGGUCUUCCCAUCAUCCUGGCCACGGCCAUGAUCUUCGCCAUGGCAACCCCCAUUCUGGCCAUCCCCAUCCACACCCCACACCCGUCCCUCACAACCCCCAUCUCGAAGACCCCUUUAGGGGUCCACACCAGGAGGAAGUGGAUCGCUUGGAUCCCUACCCAGCCACCCUCUCCCCUCACCUCGUGUCCCACGUGAUGGAACGGAUCAUGGACCAACUCAGGCCUGCCCUGGAAGGCUUCAACCGGACCUUGGAGCACCUCACACAGGAAGUAAGGGGCCUCUCCCAGGAAAUGGCCAUGCUCAGGAGCACCCAGUGGGAUGUUCAGGAGGAGGCACUGGGGGGUGCCGGGGCUGGGGAGGCCCCGGAAGCCAAACUGGAGGAGACCUUUCAGCACAUAGAAGAGGUUAGGAGGCAGCUGGCGAAUCACCAGGCUGAGAUGCAGGACAGGCUGCACUCCCAGCACGUCAUGCUGCACCAUAACCUCACCUCCUUCAAGACAGACAUGGACAUGAAGCUGAAGAGAAACCACAAGAUGUUGCAGGUCAGCCUCCAAACCAUGAAUGUCACUCUGUCAGACAUGAGGUUGGAACAAGAGCGUCUGAACGAUGAGCUCCUCAGGGACCUGAGCAGCGUGAGGGACGGCCAAAGAACCUCCGCCCAGACACCGGCGCCCCUCCAGCCCCCUCACCACACCCCCCUGUCCCUGGACGACUCUUCGCUUUGGGAAGCCAUUGCCCGCCUGGACAACAAGGUCAUCAACAACACGGUGAAGGUCGACUCCUUGGUGGAGGACCUGGAGACGGCUCAGGAGAACAUCCGGGACCUGAAGAAAACCUUCUGGGACUUGGAGAAGGACAUUGUCCAGACGGGCCGCAACAGCCAGGUCCAGUUCAUGGAAACGGUUCUGGAGGUGGAAGCGGCCAAAGUGACGGUGGUGAACCAAGUCAGCGAGCUGGCCGGCAACCUGACCAAGCACACGGAGCAACUGCAGGAGAUGGAGAUCGACCUCGACUAUCUCUAUUCCUCCUUCUACAAGAACGUUAGCAACGCCGGAGAGUGCAACUGUAAGGCGUACGCGCUCGCUAUCGCUAACCUGAAGCAAGGUUUGGCUAACGUGACCGAGUUGGCUAACGAUAACCGCCUUGUUCUGGAUGGGAACUCGGAGACUGGGGCAGAUAACUGGGUAACGGACGGCGUCUGGGGACCCUCUGUGGAGGAGCUCCACCAAGGGCUCCAGCAGGUCAGAGAGUCUUUGGCCUUUGAGCAGGAGCGGACCAGGACACUCCACCACAACGUGUCCCAGCUGGCGACCUCGUCAGAGGACGGCAAGAGGGACGUGACCAGCCUGAGGGAGGCCGACGUGAGGCUGCAGGAAGAGAUGAGACACCUGGCCAGCUCCUUCACAGCGCUGCUGAAGGACGCUCUGCGUCACACGGACGUGCUGGAGAUGCUCCUGGGGGAGGAGGUGCUGGAGUUCUUGGACUGGCCUUUGAGAGACAGGGAGGCCCACUCCAUCCCUGCCCUCAAAGACAUGAUCCACCACAUGAAGGAGCAAAUCAAGGCCCAGAACCUCAGCCUCGCCUCCCUGUUGGGGACUUCUCACUCGGACACCCCAGCUGCUGACCAGCCCUCCGUGCUAGCCGACUGGGCCUCUCGCGGCCAGGACAGGAGCGUGGAGCAGAUGAGAAUUCACCAGACGACAUUGGACGCAGAGGACUAUUCAGACAGGAGCCUGUGGAGCCUGGAGAAAUCUGUGGAAGAACUGGGGAUGAAGGUGAGACAACUAGAGGAGAGACCCUGCCCUUCGAACUGUAGCCGCGGCCGAGAGGCGCCCACCAGUGGUGAGGAGGCCACACUACAGGCAGAGGUGGUCUGGCUGAGGAGGGGUCUGGAAGACCACCUGAGGGUCUUCAAGAACGUCUUCAGUAACUCGGAGGGGCUGGAGGGCUCGGAGAGCACAGUGGACCUGGACAAACUUUGGGCCAUGCUGAAGAAGAAGGAAGGGAAGAAAACGAGAAAGGAGAAGAAGGAAGGAGGGAGAGUCAACAUGCGGAGUAGGAGAGAUACUUCAGUACAUCCCAAGAUCCCAAACAAUGUUCUCCUGUUCCUGGCUGACUCCUUCAGCAGGGUCAGCGAAAAGAACCUGAUGCUGUUUGAGUCCGCACUACUAAACCAUGACCAGGCAUACUCGACCACCACCGGGGUCUUCAAGGCACCAGCCAAGGGGGUCUACCUAUUUGUGCUGACGCUGGACUUCAGACCUGGUCCAACACUGGUAGUGCUGAGAAGACAACUUGGUGACUUUGCUAUUCGAUAUGACGAGGAGGCCCCAGGGCUGAGUCCUGUGACCCGUGUGGCCCUCCUACAGCUGGAGAGGAACGAGGAGAUGUAUCUGGAACUUCUGCGGGGGACACUGGCGACAGAAUAUCCCAAAAAGAGCUCCUUUGCCGGGCUACUGCUUCACCAAACCACCUGAGGGCGCCAAAGAGCCACUAGGGAAAAGACAAUGAACUGAAAGUAAACAAACUUUUAGCUGCUAUGGCACUCAUUUUAAGUUCCUUUGUAUUGGAAGAAUAGGUGUAUAUAAGGGGUUCAUGGGUUGUGAUGAAAAUGUCUGUCAAAUAUUACUUUAACUUAGUAAUGCAAGUUGUUGAAAUACUGUUUAUGAUAUGCCAUAUUUUCUGCACAAUGAUUCUCAAACACAUCGAAUAAAAAAUCUGACAAAGUGAUGUGUGACACCCCAAAGACAUGUAGUGUCCUGGUGCAGUAUAUGUCAGUAUGGACAUUGUUUAGCAGGUGGUCGUGAAAAUAUCAGUUUGUCCACCACCCAGUCACACUGUACAUAACCCGAAAUAACAUGAAACCAGCCAAGAAGUUGUGUACUAAAAUAAGGUUAUUUACUUAAAAAUUGAUACAUUGGA